AUGCAAGAAAACAAAAAUAAAUACUAUGAAUUUAAGAGUAUGCAUGGAUUAGUCACGUUAAACUUAAAGCCUCAAGAUAAAAUACCAACAGACUCUACAUUAAAAAAAGCACUAGAACAGUGGUGUUCCACGAAGAAUAAAGAAGCAAAAAUAAAGUACGCUGCCAUUAGUAAAACGACAAAGGGAACAAAUAAACACGUACACAUGUUUUUCCAAUUAGAAGAAACAACCCAUAGUAGAAAGAAACCAUUUAUACAACUAAACAAUGAAAAGUAUUUUAUUAAGUUUGAAAAGAUUACAGAAAGUGAACACUACGACGGAAGUAUAAAAUCUAUUAUAGACUACAUUAAAAAACAAAACGUUAAACAUCCGAAUGAUGGUGCAGUAUUCAGUGAAAUAGGUAAAUUAAACUUAGACCGAGGGAGACUUGGAGAUAGAGAUUUGAGUAAAGCAUUAAAGAUGCCUGAUCUUGAAGAGGCACAUGCUUAUCUAAAAAGUGUAAGUGUUAAAGGAUACAUGAAUAAUAUAGCAAAAUUCGAUUCGAUUUGGAUGCAAGAGCAUGAUAGAGAUAGAAACAAUCGUAUAAGAAUCAAACUACAACCAUGGAAGGAAGAUAAUGCAUUAGUUAAAAACAGUAGAAUAUGGCUAGAUUCGGUAAUAAAAGGAAAUAAAAAAAGAGUUAGAACACUUGUAUUAGUAAGUGAUACAAAAAUGGGGAAAACGGAAUUUGUAAAUGACAUGCUUAGAGAUUUAAAGGUAGAUGAGUUUAGAGGGCAUUUUAUGUUAGAUGGCCACAAUGAAAAUGUAAGAUAUGAUAUUAGAUUAUUUGAUGAUGCCAAUUUAAAUGAUAUUACAUGGCCAGAAUUUAAAUCGCUUAUAAGUACGAGAGGUGAACAAAUUACAAUAAACAUUAAAUAUUCACAUGUAAAAGUGACAUCAAUUCCAACAAUAUUAGUAUUAAAUCCAGGUAGUUGGAAAGCUCUACAAGAAAGAGCCAAAGAGUUUGAAGACUUCGAUUGGAUGGAGAAAAAUACAGUAGUACUCCAAACUAAUGAGAAAUUAUAUAUUGAACCACCACCUAAGGAAGAAGCAGUACGGGAUAAAAAUAAAUAUGAUGGAUUAGAUCCUAAAUUAGUUGAAAUGCUAUUGGAGAAUGAAGUUGAAGAAGAUGUUAAUUUAGAUGAUAUGGGAGAUGAUACAAUAGAUGAUUUGAAUGAUAUAAUAGAAGAAUUAGAAGAAGAAAGCAUGCCUCCUCCCAUGGUACUUGAAGAGCCAAAGCCAGUAGAAGAAAACAGAGAGAAAAGAAAAUCUUUAAUAUUAUCUCUGUUAAAAGAGAAUGAUACAGCAAUAGUACCACCUAAAGAACCAGAUGUUGAAUUAACUCAACAAGCUAGAGAAUUAGCAAAUAGGUGGUUAGGUGGAAAUUUUAAUUAA